CUUUUGACUAUGUUCUGGCCCACCAUCUAGUGGCGAAAAUUUUUUUUGGCCCGAUGCCAAAUUUAGGCUACUUGCCAAUUCCUGGUUUAGAGGAACUCCUAGGUCUGAAUGUGAGCACACUGUAGUCUACAGACCUGCGUGCUGCAGUGAACUGUGUUCAGCUCCUCCCCUAAAUGUUUUCAUCAUGUUGACCGGAAAAUUAUUGAAACACAGGUUUCGUGUGAAGGCUCACGGGUUAUGCCAACCGCCGCAAAACUGGAAAGAAGAAGAAGACUCACUGUUGUUUUGGAAAGCUCUCUGACUAUGGCUUUAGUGGAAACGCUUCUUAUGCAUGUGUCCACCACAGGAGCUUUACUCGCUGCUUUCCUGUUGUUUUUGGUUGUUUAUCUCUUCUCUAUCAGCUCCAGCUCUCCAGAAGACCCUCCAGGACCCAAACCACUGCCUCUCCUGGGGAACCUGCAUUUACUGGACCUCAGACAACUUCACAUGAGCCUCUUGGAAUUGUCCAAGAAAUACGGGUCGGUGUUCACAGUGCAUUUUGGACCCAAGAAGGUUGUGGUUCUGGCAGGAUACAAGACAGUUAAAGAAGCACUUGUGAACCAAGCGGAAGAAUUCGGGGAAAGAGACAUUACCCCCAUAUUCCAGGAUUUUAACCAUGGACUUGGAAUCGCCUUUGCUAAUGGUGACAGCUGGAAGGCUAUGAGAAGAUUCGCUCUUUCAACUCUUCGGGACUUUGGAAUGGGCAAGAAAAUGAGUGAAGAGAAAAUAGUGGAUGAGACACGUUAUCUGCGGGAAGUGUUUGAGAAGUUUCAAGGAAAUCCGUUUGAUACGACCCAACCUGUGAAUUAUGCCGUCUCCAACAUCAUCUCGGCUAUUGUUUAUGGGAAACGGUUUGAUUAUGAGGACCCAAAGUUUCAGGAUAUGGUGGACAAGGCAAACAAGAACAUCCAAAUGCUUGGUUCUGUUGUGAUACAGAUCUACAACAUGUGUCCGAUUCUUGGUCCCUGGAUGAAGACAUGGAGGCUGCUGAUGGAAAAUGUGGAAAGCAUCAGAAGAGAAAUAAAGGAGCUGGUGAAUGUCUUACAGGAGACUUUGAACCCGCUUGAUAGCAGAGGAUUCAUUGACUCUUUCCUCAUCCACAAAGCAAACGUACAAGAAUCUGGAGAAAAAGAUUCACACUUUCAUGAGCAGAAUCUGCUCAUUACAGUGUCAAACCUGUUUGCUGCUGGUACAGACACGACUGGCACGACGCUGCGCUGGGGUCUGAUGCUCAUGGCCAAAUACCCUCAUAUACAAGAUCGAGUUCAGGAGGAGAUCGACCAGAUACUUGCUGGCCGUGAACCUGGAUCAGAGGACAGAAAAAACUUACCGUAUACAGAUGCUGUGAUUCAUGAAAUCCAGAGACUGGCUAAUAUUGUACCCAUGAAUCUCCCUCAUAUGACCAGCUGUGACGUUUCCUUCAAUGGAUACUUCAUCAAGAAGGGAACGUGUGUUCUGCCGCUGCUGACGUCUGUGUUGAGGGAUAAGAACGAGUGGGAGACACCAGACACCUUCAACCCUGAACACUUUCUAGACGAGAAGGGUCAUCUGAGGAAACGAAACGCCUUCAUGCCCUUCUCUGCAGGCCGCAGGGUUUGUCUUGGAGAGAGUUUGGCCAGGAUGGAGCUCUUCCUGUUCUUCACCUCCCACCUUCAGCAUUUCCGCUUCACUCCUCCUCCUGGAGUGUCUGAAGAUGAUCUGGAUCUCAAACCAGUUGUGGGUUUGACAUUGAACCCUUCACCCCACAAACUGUGUGCAAUCAGUAGAGCCGAAAGACAACCAAACUGAUUCAUCACCCACUGGGAAAAGUUCAGUUCUUUAAUAUUAUCACAUGUCUUGUCUGAUAGGAUGUCUGAUACAUUUUCCAGAUUUAAUAAAUAUUACUUUUUUAAAAAACGUGCACAAUUAUUUUAUUUUUUAUUUUUACAUAAACAAUGUUCUAGUAAAAGAGAGCUUGAUCAGUGAAUUGCUCGUGAAGUGUUUUUACAGUACAAGAAUGACUCUAUUCCUAUUUUAACAGAGUAAGAAAGGUGAAGGUUUUCUACUUAAAGCACUUUGAAAAUUGCUGCGUUUAGCAUCAUUGACCCCAACAAAGUGGUGUGAGUUUUUCAGCUGGACCAUCAGAUAUGCAUUUUAACAUGUAAGUGCAGUAUUUUGCACCAUUUGGCAGAAAAGAAAAUUGAUGACUAUUGUUUGUUUUUUGAUGUAUCGUUUUUAUCAGGUCUUGUAUUUUUCUCUCUGCUGACGUCACGCAUCUUUAUGUGGGAAACAUAUGAACGUUAUCGGUUAGUUUGGUAAAUAAACAAAUAAAAACGUUAGCUAGCCUCAGAUGAUGUUCGUGAUCUUCGAUGGGGAUCCAGCGUGCGAUGAACAAACAGAUUUGCAGGAUUAACGUUAGGAAAACAUCGCUCCUGUAAGGUAUGGAAAAUCAUCUUUAUUAAACAUGUAAAUAAAACUAGCAAUGUAAUAUUAA